AUGUCGAUUUUCAAACCCUUUCAGCUUCCCUUCAUCUCCCUAUUGCUUUUCACCUCCGUUUUUACUCACAAGAAUUCAUCCGUUUUUGGUUCCCCUUUUGUUCAGAACCGGAGUUUUAACAGGCCAGAUCCUCUUCGCCAUUUGAGAUUGUAUAAAGGAGGUUAUGAUAUACGUAACAGACAUUAUUGGGCUUCUGCGGCAUUUACAGGCAUCCAUGGCUAUGCAAUGGCGGGAAUUUGGAUGAUAUUUGGCUUGGGUUUUGGGAGUUACUUGAUGGUAAAGGGUUUUAAUGGUGGUUUCCACCCAUUUCUUGAUCAUCCAAGUUCUUACUGCCUUUGUUUUGCCCUCAUUGCUGUAUUUACUUCAAUUGCCAUAGUUUUUUCAAGUUUGAUUUUGGUAGCAAAUCAAAGCUCUUUACACAGAAGCAAGAACCUUAUGGAUACUAUAUUUGGAGCUGCUAGUAUUAUGCAACAAACGAUUGAAGCAGUUAUACAAGGCUUACUAAAAAUCCAGACACUUCUACAGCCGUAUGAUCGUCCAACGUCUAAGCUCUUGAAUCAGAUAACUAAGCAGAUGAGGAAGGAAACAACCUCGAUUCAGAAUUUUGUUCAAGAAGCUAAACAGGCUUCUAAUCAUGCAAUGAAGACAGUGUACAUUGCAAAUCUUGUUUUUGUAACAGCGAACUUGGUGGUGCUGGUUGCAGGAUGUGUUAUCUUCUUCUUGCAUUGGCACCCUGGAUUUAUCAUCCUUAUUGUCGUUUGCUGGAUCUUGACAACCGUUAGUUGGAUCUUAACCGGCUUUGAUUUCUUCUUUCACAUUUUUGCAGGGGAUACAUGUUCAGCUUUUGAAAAUUUUGAACAAAGUCAAAGUCCCGGAAACAAUAACAUCAUGUCAAUCAUGUCUUCGUGUUCAAAUUCUUCAACCUCAGAUAAAUUCAUGGCUCAAAUCGGGUACACGGUUCAUAAAUACAUAACUGAGUCAAAUUCAGAAAUAACAUCUUUGGCGCACAAAAUGCUUCAGCCAAACGAAGAAAGCGAUGAUUCCUUUGUGAUCGAGAGAAUUUGUGACCCUUUCUCUAACGGACCUAGUUAUAGCUAUACUCCUGGAAACUGUCCACCAGAUGCCAUUCAAAUUCAUGAACUGCCAAGUAUUCUUUCAACCUUAACUUGUGAAAAAGAUACACCAACCGAAACUUGCAUAGCCGAAGGGCGGUUUUUUCCAGAAUCCUCAUACGGAAAAACAAUGGCCUACAUUGAAUCCAUCACGAACUUGAUUGCUACAUAUCCAGAUUUGCAGAGCCUGGCCAGAUGUACACCAGUGAAACAAGCGAUCUCCGAUAUUGCAUUGCACCAAUGCAAACCAUUCAGAACCUCGGUUAGAUUGCUAUGGGCUUUUAUUCUCUCACUUUCUAUCGAUAUGAUGAUUCUAACCUUUUUCUGGAUCGUAAAAGCUUAUCAAGAGAAGGGCAAACACUUCUCUUUAUGUUCAGUUGUUCCUAGACACCAUUCACACGAAGUUUCAAGAAUCGACCAACAGAGUUUGUAAACGAAAUUAGAGAAAUACGAAACUGAACCCGGGAAUCAAGUCGUAAGACUUUGGU